AACCGUCGCGCGGGAACAUCGGAGCUCGAGAGAAUAUCUGCGUUUACCAGUUUUUUUUUGUUUUUUCUUUUUUUCUGAGGAAAAAAAGGGGUGGGUUAUAUAUAAAUGAAAAAAAUAAACAAAUGAAAAAUUCCUGCAUGAAAACGUAAAAAAAAAAAAAGUCGUAAUUUCCGGUAGGAAGGUUUUUUUCGGUGACGGAAUAAUCCGCUCUCGCGCUCUCCCGUUGCCGUUGCCGUUGCCGUUGCAUCACCCUGAAUACCUCACCAGUGUUCAGGGUGUACGGAGAUUAGCACCAUGGUUCUAAUCGUAGAUCUUUGCAACUAUUUCUGUGCAAAUUUCAAAAAUGUGAUGUCUAAUCUCCCAGGACAGACUAACGCAAAAUAAAUCUCUUAAGAAGCAGCCCUUAGCAUGUAUAAUAGCGUAUAUCCUCUGCACGCGUCUCUUCAAGAUGGCUGUCGCCGUUGAUCAUGGUCAUGGAUUCAAGCCAUUUACAAGACCCCCACGAUGCAGACUCCAGUCCUUCACUCAACUUGACUACAAGAUGCUCGACAAGCUCGACCAAUCUUUGGAACAUGACUGCGAGUUGUCUAACAUCCACAAGAGCUUCUCCACUCCGUGCCUAUCCAAUUCCUCGUCAGUGAGAGACGACCGUGAUACCAAUUCAAGGAUUGAGAUCAUCAUCGGCCAUGCUGCACCAAGGGUACGAGCUAUGGUCGUGGAGGUUGCCAUAGCCAUGGCCUCCGGUGUCAAACCUGAGCCAACAUCAAGUGGGCUUGGGGGCGCCUACUUCCUACGCUCUCAGAAUGGGGACACCAUAGCCGUUGCAAAGCCCAUAGACGAGGAGCCUCUUGCGUUCAACAAUCCAAAGGGUUUGGCUGGCCGUCUGCUAGGCCAGCCUGGUAUGAAAUGCUCCAUCAGGAUAGGUGAAACCGGCCUGCGUGAGUCAGCUGCUUAUGUUCUUGACCACGACGGGUUUGCAGGCGUGCCACCGACAGCAUUAGUCCGAUUCUCCCAUGUCAAGUUCAAUAUCAACAAUCCGGGAUCAGACUCAACCACAAUCUACAAGAUUGCAUCCCUCCAACGCUAUGUGAAGCACGACUCUGAUGCAGGGGAUUUGGGGCCUUCGAGCUUCUCUGUCACGUGCGUGCACCACAUAGGUAUACUGGAUGUGAGGCUCAUGAAUCUUGACAGGCACGCGGGGAACAUUCUUGUGAGGCAUGGACAAGACAGGCCCUCUGAGCUGGUCCCAAUAGAUCAUGGCUUCUGUUUGCCCGAGGCACUUGAUGAUCCGUAUUUCGAGUGGCUGCACUGGCCGCAGGCGUCCAUACCUUUCUCCGAGGCUGAAGUUGAAUACAUAUCGGGGCUUGAUCCCUACAAAGACGCGGAGAUGCUGAGAAGUGAGGUUCCUUCGAUUGGGGAGUCUUCCAUUCGUGUUCUUGUGCUUUGCACCAUCUUUUUGAAGCAAGCGACGGCUUACGGGCUGUGUCUUGCUGAUAUAGGUGAGAUGAUGACUAGAGACUUCAAUGGAGGGGAUGAAAACUGGAGCACAUUAGAGAACCUAUGCAUAAAUGCUAAGGCAAGAUUGAAGAAACAACUAACUGAUGACAGAACUAUUUCCAUACUCAAAUGUGACUACCUCAAUCAGCAUGAACCAGAAGAAGAAGAAGAAGAAGAAGAAGAAGACGAAGAAGAAGAUGCUGACGAAGAUGAUGAUGAAGUGUUCAAAUUUGAUGAGAAACACGAGGAUUGCCACGAUGAAGCAUCACACAUCCCUGAAACUCCCACAAAAGGCAAGCCAUCCAAAAUCCCAAGAUAUUCAUCAAUGGUGGUGAAGUUUGCUAAUCCGCCUUUGAGUGGAAUCCAAGACUAUCUGGAUGAUGAUGGGGAGCUAGACACGUUCUUGGACAAGUGUGGCAACAAUGUGGAUGAGAAUCCAAAGGCGGCAGCAGCAGGAGGUAGCUUGAUGAGGAGUGUGAGUUACUCGGUGCCAAACUACAAGCGCGAUGGACAAUGCAUCUAUUUCGGGGAAAUGGAUGAUGGAGAGUGGCACGCGUUGCUGGAGAUAUUCCAGAAGCUUCUGCCGGAGGCCUUCGAGGAGAGGAAGUCCAUGGACCUGCCCAAGCACAGGUUGGGAUCGUCGUGCCAGUUUUGAGCCGUGCUUAACUCGUGCCGAACAAACUAUUAUGUGUAUACCAGAUAUGUAUAGGAUGUAGAUAAGAUAUCAGUUUGGAGAGGGAAAGGCCAAAAACAGGCCAUCCUUUCCCUUUUGGGCUAUGUAGAUGAUCAUGUGUUUUUUUCUCUUCCUUCAUAUUUUCUGCUCUUUCCUAUGUUCUUUAUAUACUUUACUAUUUUAUCCAAACAGACUUCUCUA